AUGGCAGAUGAUAACAAGCGGUUGGGCACCCUUUCACAAGGCGGAUACUAUGAUCUCGGGAACUAUCACCGUCCUGUCAGUACAAACAACCCGGGUGCCCAAGCUUGGUUCGAUCGGGGGCUGAUCUGGAGCUUUGCCUUCAACCAUGACGAGGCAGCAGAGUGCUUUCAACGAGCCAUCGAUCAAGAUCCUGAUUGCGCCAUGGCAUACUGGGGGCUGGCAUACACUUCUGGGCCCAACUACAAUAUGCCAUGGGCAUUUUUUAAUGCUGAACAGCUGGGAUAUGUGGUGAAUAAAACCCAUAACACAGCGAAGCAGGCGGAAGAGAAGGCAAAAGCGCCAACCGUGUCAGCGGUUGAGAAGGCCUUAAGCAAAGCAUUGACGUUCCGAUAUCCCCAAGACCACCCUGUGGAAGACUGCUCUGUUUGGAACAAGGGUUAUGCUGAUGCAAUGAAGUUGGUAUAUCAAGAAUUUCCCGACGACAUUGAUGUGGCGAUGCUGUAUGUAGAUGCGUUGAUGAACUUAACCCCAUGGAAAUUAUGGGACCUGGUCACUGGGAAUCCGGCAAAGGGAGCACACACACUGGAGGCCAAAGACAUCCUUGAUCGUGCGCUGGCCCAGGAAGGCGGACUUUCCCAUCCUGGGUUACUCCAUCUUUAUAUUCAUCUUCUGGAGAUGUCUACCACCCCAGAGGCAGCAUUACCGGCAGCUAACCGCCUAAGAGGCCUCGUUCCCGACUCUGGUCAUCUAAACCAUAUGCCAUCUCAUAUCGAUAUCCUCUGUGGCGACUAUCAAGGAGCCGUCACGUCGAACUCAGAUGCGAUUGUGGCUGAUGAGAAAUUCGUCGCGCAGCACGGAGGAUGCCACAAUUAUCACUUCAAAGUAUACGCAGCUAUGUUUUCAGGACAGUCGAAAAUUGCAAUUAAUACCGUUAGACAGAUGGAGGCAAAUAUACCCGACCAACUACUACGUGAAUCUUCUGCAAUGGCGAAUUUACUGGAGUCGUUCGUCGCAAUGCAAGUACAUGUUCUUAUCCGUUUUGGGCUGUGGGAUGAUGUCCUCGCACUCGAACUUCCAGAGGACCAGGUCCUAUAUUGCGUAACCACGGCAAUGAGGUUGUAUGGAAAGGGAGUUGCUUAUGCGGCUACUGGGAACAUUGAAAAGGCACGAGAGAUCCGCGAAGCCUUUCAUAACGCCGUGAAACGUGUAUUGCCCACUCGGACAGUAUUCAAUAAUAGCUGUGGUGACAUCUUAGCUAUUGCAUCCGCAAUGUUGGAUGGUGAACUCGAAUAUCGUCUUGGGCACUACGACGCAGCGUUCGAACAUUUGCGACAUUCCAUAAAGUUAUACGAUUCGCUCCACUACGAUGAGCCCUGGGGCUGGAUGCAGCCGACUAGGCAUGCGUACGGCGCACUCUUGCUCGAGAGAGGCCAUGUCCAGGAAGCCGCCGCUGCGUACCGAGCAGAUCUGGGGCUUGAUAGUACCGUUCCCCGUGCGCUGCAGCAUCCGAAUAAUGUUUGGGCAUUACAUGGGUAUCACGAAUGCCUCGAAGCGCUAGGAAAGGCAGAUGAAGCUGCAAAGGUCGCGCAACAGCUUGCUACGGCACUUGCCGUAACGGAUGUGCCCAUCAGAUCGUCUUGUUUCUGUCGACUCCGCACCGUUGCCAGAAUGUAA